GCAUCAAUUAUUUCAAAAAACAACUCAAGUAAGCUAAGAAUUAACAAAUAUAAUUAAUGGCUACUCCUAAGUUGUGCAUCGCUCUCUUUCUCCUCGCAACCGCCGUUUCCACCGCUUGCGCCGCUAGAAGCAUGCCGGCCACCGGAAAUGAGAGUGGCUUCGACGACCAGAAGAACUUCGUCUCCUACGGCGGAGUUGGUGGCAUGAGUGGAAUCGGAAGCAACGGCCUCCCAUUCGGCGGCUUUGCCAGCGGCGCGGGUGCUAAUGGUGAUUUUGGAUCCGGCCUUGGCGGCGGCGGCGGCCUUGGUGGAGGAUUCGGCGGUGGCUCCGGGCUUGGUGGAGGAAGCAGCUUGCCAACAAUCGGCGGAGCUGGCGCAGGUAUAGGUGGAGGAAGCAGCUUGCCAACUCUCGGCGCCGGCGCCGGUGACCUCCCACUUCCAUGAAGCGCCCGUUAAUUACGUACUUGUCUCAUUAGUUAACUUGGGCGCGGCUUUUGAUUAUUACCAUUUGUCACUAUCUUAAGUCACUAUUAUGAGUCUUACGUUAGAUUAUCGGAGUAUUAAUUACGUUUGUUGAGAUGAUGUCAUCAAUCUCUAGUGUUUGUUUUAUGCUAUGCAUGUUGCGUUCUCAAGUUAUAGGUUCGAUGUACUUAGUCGCUGUUUGCCGUAUAAAUGUUCGUAUAUCUUGCUACUGUUCAGUAUAAGCUGCAUAUUUUUAUCCUAAAAUAGAAUAAAUGUUCCGUGCUCCCCUACUAAAAUAAAAUACUUAGCAUGUUUUUAUUUUGAAUGUAAUUUGUGGUCUGGUCUGGUCUAAAUCGGUCUGGUCUGGUUUCUUUGUAUUUUUAUAACUAUCCAAGUCUGGUCUGGUCUGAACUAGUCUGGUCUGAUAUGGUCUAGUCUGGGAGGAAUUACAGUCCAAGUAAAAAUAUCCUUAGUUGGUCAAAAAAAACUUAGUCCGUCCAAAAAUGAUUUACAAAGUCUACUUUUCUUAACCAUAGAGUUUGAUUUUAUUUACUUACAAGUAUUUGAGAUAUAAAAAAUUAC